UGUAGUUCUCCAUCUGGCGGUUAUUUCCGCCCUCCCUAAAAAAAGUAUGUUAAAAAAGGGGGUGCGUCUUUAUUUCUCCCCUGGCGCGUUGCAGCGGCCUUUGACAUUAUUUCCUCCCGCUUUCUUUACCGACAUGUAUGAUGAGAGUCGCUGUUUCCCGCGACACGGCGGCUGAGUUUGUGAACGGUGUCCGCUUGCCCUCCUUCCCUUCGUGAGCUUUUUGCUCCCGGACGGGUCAGCGGGUACGGCACAAGAUGCACCACCCCGGUUGCUCAAGAGACGCGUCAUGAUCGUCUGGCAGGGUGAAGGGAAGGGUGGGGCAGAGAAGGGAGCUCUGCAUGGAGGCUCCGCUGAGCUCCUGAUCUGGCCGAAAUGGGUGGGAAAGGUAGAAAUCAUGUAACCUCUGCAAGUCACCUCGUUGCCUUGGUCCUCUUCGCUUUUGGGGGAGCAGUGAAGGCGAGGUCCCUGCUCAACGAGGAUUACACUUGCAGCAGCUGCGGGAAGCCUAACAUUGUGAUGGUGAUGUGCGAUUCCUUAGAUGGAAGGCUGACAUUUCACCCCAAAAAUGAAACAGUAGACUUGCCUUUUGUGAACUUCAUGCGAAAACAUGGCAGUCUCUUUCUUAAUGCUUAUACCAAUUCUCCAAUAUGUUGUCCUUCCCGUGCAGCUAUGUGGAGUGGCCUCUUCACUCACAUAACAGAAUCUUGGAAUAAUUUCAAGGGUUUAGAUCCAAAUCACACAACGUGGAUGGACCUCAUGGAAAAACAUGGCUACUAUACUCAGAAAUAUGGAAAACUGGAUUAUACUUCAGGGCAUCACUCACUAAGUAACCGUGUGGAGGCUUGGACCAGAAGCGUUGAUUUUUUGCUUCAGCAAGAAGGCAGGCCUGUGGCAGAACUCGUAGGUAACAAGUCCUAUGUGAGAGUCAUGCAAAAAGAUUGGAAGGCCACCGACGAUGCUGCAGAUUGGCUAAGAAACAAAGCCACCAACUUGACACAACCCUUUGUUCUUUACUUGGGGCUAAACUUGCCACAUCCAUAUCCUUCACCUUCCUCUGGAGAAAAUUAUGGGGCAUCUACAUUUCGGACAUCUCCUUAUUGGCUACAGAGGGUGAGAUACGAAGCCAUCAAGAUUCCAAAAUGGCUUCCAUUUUCAGAGAUGCACCCAGUAGAUUACUAUUCCUCUUAUACAAAGAACUGCACAGAGAAAUUUACGGAGAAAGAAAUCAGAGAUAUCCGAGCACAUUAUUAUGCCAUGUGUGCAGAAACGGAUGCAAUGCUUGGUGAGAUAAUUUCUGCUCUAAAUGACACAGGACUACUCAGAAGGACUCUUGUCGUAUUCACUGCAGAUCACGGAGAACUUGCCAUGGAACACAGGCAGUUUUACAAAAUGAGCAUGUACGAAGCAAGCUCCCAUGUUCCUCUCCUUAUAAUGGGACCGAAUAUUAAGCUGCAAUUCAUCCCCAAUGUGGUGUCCCUUGUGGAUAUCUACCCUACCAUGCUCGAUGUUGCUGGAAUACCCAUACCAAAAAAUCUCAGUGGAUAUUCACUGAUGCCCCUGGUAUUGAAACAGGCAGAAUAUAAAGUCCCAACUAGAAAGCAACAUCCUACUUGGAUUCUGAGUGAAUUCCAUGGCUGCAAUGUGAAUUCUUCAACCUACAUGCUGAGAACUGACAGAUGGAAAUACAUAGCAUACUCAGAUGGUCGUUCAGUAUCUCCUCAGCUGUUUGAUCUCUCUGCCGAUCCAGAUGAACUAACAAACGUAGCAACCAAGUUUCCAGAGAUCACACAGUAUUUGAACAAAAAACUCUACUCCAUCGUUGAUUAUCCCAAAGUCUCUGCCUCUGUUGAACAGUACAACAAACAGGAGUUUAUCAACUGGAAACAAAGUUUAGGACAAAACUAUUCUGAUACCUUAGCUAACCUGAGGUGGCACCAGAACUGGAAGAAGGACCCAAAGAAGUACGAGGAUGCAAUUGAAAGAUGGAUUAAAGAGAAGACAAUUGUGUGAAAUGUCCUCAGAAAGUGAGAAUGGACAAUCUGCUCCUAAAUGUAAAGAGGCAGUGUUGGUGCAAUAAGCAGUCACCUCUUACUGCAACAGAUACUGAAAUGGGACGUGGGGUCAGAUGCUAUCCUCGUCCCUCCCGUUUCCUGACACAAAUCCACUCUGCUAAGCUAUAAAUACUAGCUAGCCCCAGUUGCCUGUUAACCAGGAUUUGCUAGCCAGCUUCAGAACCUGAUUUCAACUCUGGUUAAGAAUCCCUGCUAAGUGACCUGUGAUUAACAUGGAUGUUGAUAUAAUGGCCUUAUUGGGACAUGUUAAAUUAUGGUUGUUAGCAUGAGCCUUGUCUGCACUUCCCAUCUCCCUUCUCCUCUGGCACAGCCACAAAGGGGAUAUCAAAAUCUUUUCCUUCCAUUUUUAACCACAGUUUACCAUUAUGUUCAAACCUCAGCAAAUGGUGUUUAGUCUCAACUAUGGUUCAAAGAAACCAACCAAAGUCAAGCUGCAUUUUGUGAAUGUGAUAUCACACUGGGCCCUGCCAAGACUUGGAAAAGUAUUCUGCCAGCAAAGCCCCUGAGCAAAAGAUACCCUAGAGAAUAAAUGGAAACCGCCACCCCUCCACCAUCUCUAGCACUGCUAAGAAGCCCUUAACAUCCAGGGGAAGUCUCACCAUGCCUGUGUCCAGAGAUUGCUCCAGAAGGACUCGUGAGGUGGGUUCCCAACUCAUCCCCCUUUAGAGGGGGAGACUGAACCAUCUCCCAGCCCUGGAGAGCAUAGAGCCCAGAAAGUCCAUGUUUGGCCAUCUACCUACCAAAAAAGUACAUGUCUGAUAGUCCAAAAUUACAGAGCAACUCAUAGUAAGGGGUCUUGGGUGAAGUGUGGGAGACCAGACUAUAGAAGCUGCUAGAACAGCACAUAUUGAAAUCUAGCAACUCUUUUGAACCACCUUGUCUAUUCUGCCAUGCCUUUUGACCAAUGUCCUCUGUUGCUGGCUUCUACUUAGAUCCUGCCUUUAGAGCUAGGCUUGUUGAUGGACUGCUUUUAUUGUGCUUUGGCAUGGUCUAUACCUUGACUUCAGUCUGCUUUUCACCUAGUUGCAGGAGCAGACAGGGCUACCCCAGCCUCUCCCUAAGAACUAAGCCCUGACAGGGUUGGAGCAGGAGAAUUUGCUUGUUUCCCUAAACCUUUGUUAAGAUUAAUCAGAGUUUUGGUUUUGGACAAAGCAAUAAAAAGCAGUCAACAGAAAACAGAAGCAAAAGCUGCUUAUUACAUCUGCACUAGCCCCAAGACUAUACUUUUUCAGGUGGAAAAGUAUAUACUGUAGUGGCUAGGACUUAGCUGUGAAUUAGGAAUUCUCAGGUUUCAUUCUUGUCACUGACAUGAACUUACUAGGUGCCUUAGACAAGCCACUCUUUCUCCGCUGUUGCAUGCAAUAUGGGGAAUAAUCGGUGGCUUACCAUACAGUGUUGUAAGGAUAACUAUUAGAUGCAUGUAAAACACUCUGAAAGCACUAUACACAUUUGUAUUACCAUACUUGGAAUAGCAAGUAUAGGAUUUGCAGUGCUCUAACUGGAGUGGCUAACCUUUGAGCUUCCAUAUGUUAUUGAACACCACAUCCCAUCAGCCCCAACCAAUAUGGUUCAUAGUCAGGGAUGAUGGGAAUUGGAGUCCAACAGCAUCCACAGGAUACUUUGUAAGCUACCGUAUUCUUGCCAUAGUUAAAGUAUUCAUUUUGUGA